GGGGAAGGCUCGAGAGAGGAGAGACGAGGAGCAGUCUCCAGAUCCUUCCGAGAAGGGUAUCUGAUUUCCCUAAACCUUGAAUCCAAUCUCUUCGUGCGAUUCGUUUGUUUCUUAUCCUGAUUGAUAGUUACCGCUCCUCUAUCUGCGGUCUCUAUAAUGGCUUUAGCGAAUAAAAUCGGAAAUCUUUUAAAGAAAUCUGUGACUUCCAGUCCAUCAUUGUUUCAAGCAAUACGGUGCAUGUCAUCUUCCAAACUUUUUGUUGGAGGACUUUCAUAUGGAACUGAUGAUGUGAGUUUACAAGAAGCAUUUACAAAUUAUGGUGAAGUAAUUGAAGCUAGAGUCAUUAUGGACAGGGAAACAGGCAGAUCUAGAGGUUUUGGAUUUGUGACCUUUACAUCCAGCGAAGAGGCUGCUGCUGCUAUCAGUAGCAUGGAUGGGAAGGAUCUUCAUGGAAGGAUAGUUAGGGUAAACUAUGCAAAUGAACGAACUGGUGGAUUUCGUGGUGGUUACGGCGGUGGUGGGUAUGGCGGUGGUGGAGGUGGGUAUGGUGGAGGUGGGGGCUAUGGUGGAGGCGGAGGCUAUGGAGGUGGUGGUGCAAAUACUUACAGCGGAGGUAAUUACAAUACUAGGACAGGUGCUGCUGGUGCUGAUGGAUAUGGUAGUGGUAGCUAUGGUGGUCGCAGCUACGAAGGUAGUGGUAGGGGAUAUGAUCAAACCAAUACUGGCGCUAACUAUGGCGUUGCUGGGGGUGGCGGUGGCAUUGACAAUUACCAAAUUGAUGACAGUGGUGGUUACGGAGGAUCAUAUGGUGGUAGCAAUGCUGGCAACUAUAGCAGUGGUGCCAGCAACUUCGGCAAGAGUGCACCCAUGGGAUUCAACAGCAACAAGUUCAGCAGUGACCUGACCACUGAUAAUGGUGGCUAUAGAGUCAACAACAAUGAGGACGAAUUAUUGAAGAACAAAUUCAAAGAAGAUGAUGACAACGAUGAUGACAACGAACGGGAUGAGAAUGACUUGUUGAAGAACAAAUUCAAAGAUGACGAUGCUGACGACGACAACGAUGACGUAUUGGAGGACAAAUUCAAAGAUUAUGAUAAUGAUGAUGAUAACAAUGACAAACUGGAUGACUAUGCCAAACGAGGGUAGUGUAUGAACAUGUGAUCUAAGCAAUUACCAGCAUUGUCCAUCAUGUCAGCGUAAAUCUGUGGACCUUGGUACUUGGCCAGAUUGUUUGUAUGCAGAUCUCUAUUACUAUUUUGAUAUUACUGUUAGAACAAAAUUGGAGAUUGCAUUGAGCUUUUUCCAUGCAUAUAAUGCUAGAUGCUACAAACUGUUUCACUA